UUUUUCACAUUUUAGAAUGGGGUGCCUCGGGACCGUCCAUAAUUUUAAAGGGUGCCUCGGGACCGUCCAUAAUUUUAAAGGGUGCCUCGGGACUGUCCAUAAUUUUAAAGGGUACCUCGGGACUGUCCAUAAUUUUAAAGGGUACAUCGGGACUGUCCAUAAUUUUAAAGGGUGCCUCGGGACUGUCCAUAAUUUUAAAGGGUGCCUCGGGAUGUCCAUAAUUUAAUGGGGUGCCUCAAGACUGUCCAUAAUUUUAAAGGGUGCCUCGGGACUGUCCAUAAUUUUAAAGGGUGCCUCGGGACUGUCCAUAAUAUUAAAGGGUGCCUCAGGACUGUCCAUAAUUUUAAAGGGUGCCUCGGGACUGUCCAUAAUUUUAAAGGGUGCCUCGGGACUGUCCAUAAUAUUAAAGGGUGCCUCAGGACUGUCCAUAAUUUUAAAGGGUGCCUCGGGACUGUCCAUAAUUUUAAAGGGUGCCUCGGGACUGUCCAUAAUUUUAAAGGGUGCCUCGGGACUGUCCAUAAUAUUAAAGGGUGCCUUGAC